AUGAGUGCCUCCGACCAAAGUGUCGGAUUGAGUGCUGGUGUCGGCGAUGUGCUUCAACGCCUUGCUGCAUUGGAGAAGCGAAUGGAUGCCAUUGAUAGCACUGAGAAAGGCGUGCUGCACAAGUGGCAAGGGCAGAUGAAGGACUCUGAGCUGGAACUCAACAGGAUCUCCGGCCAUUUGAGUGGAGUGAAAGACACCAUGCUGAGCCAACUAAAGGCGACGAACCGUGUUGAAGAGAAGUUGAGCAGCCAAAUGCAGGCUCUUCAGGCCAGCAUCCAGACCUGCGAGAAGCGCUGCACUCUGCUGGAACAACACCAGACCUCGCUGAGCGAGACAGUGAGCCAAAUGAUGAGGGAGAGAGCCCUCGAUGCUAGAGAAGACGAGCAAAAGCUGGAUGCUCAGGCGCACCUCCCGGAGGCUGAGCUGAAGGCCCAGCUGAAGGCAUUGGCCCAGAGGGUCGAGCUGGCGCUGGAAGGGCCAUCUCGUGCAGCUCCGGUGGCCAACGAAGGGCUUAUGCUGAAGCCGCAGGUGCAAGAGCUUCAGGCAGCGACGCAGCGCUUGCGCAAGGAGGUCUUGGACGUGAUGACCCGCUUGGAGGAGCAAGCGGUCCGCAUCUCGUCCUGCCGUGCCCGCUUGGACGAGCUGGAGUCCUCACAGCAGAUGCAGCAGAUGCAGAUGCAGAUGCCUUGGCUUUGCCUGAUAGGUCACCACAGAUGCUUGCAGCGAUGCAAGCGCAAGCGUUUCAAGGACAAGUGCCACAAAGUGGGUGCGCCGACCAAAGAGGCCACGCAGCUGGAGACGGUCACCGCGGGGUCACCAAGUCGAGCGAGAGACGGACUCUCGCCGAGCGGACGGGAGGCGGAGGGAGGCGAGUUGCUCAAGGUUGGUUUGUUCUUGGAGGAGAUUGCCUAUUUCAUGGAGGGUGGCCCGCCCGCGCUGGUCCGUGGCGACGAGACCAUCCAGCAGGUGGAUUUGGCAGUGGAGGCCGUCAUCUUAAAGCUCAAGGAGCGCGCCGACAAGCACAUGGAGGACCACACUGCUCAGGUCCGUGCAAAGAUUGUCAUCAUCCCCUCGGUGGACAAGACCGAGUUCGGUAGCGCAGUGCAGGUCUCCAGACAUCUAAAGUUGCUGCUUUUCCCGGUACUGAGAAGCCACCCCGCCCUUGCUAGUAGCUGGGGUCCCUUGCCCGCUGGGCGACUUUGGCGCAUGGCGUCUCUGGUGAUUGGCGCCUCGCGCGGCCUCGGCUUGGCCCUCACCGGGCAUCUCCUGCGAAGAGGGCCCGGACUGGUCCUGGCAGCACGACGGCCGAGCGGAGCAGGGGCUUUGGAGGAGCUGCAGAGGGAGUACCCCGACUCGCUGCGAGUGCUGGAGCUCGACGUCACGGACCCUUCCAGCGUCUCAUGUGCUGCUGAGCAAGCUGCGGUGAUCCUGGCGCAGCGUCAGCUGAAGGGGCUGGAACUCUUAUGCCAUACCGUGGGGCUCCUGCAAGACAAGGACCAUGGGGUCAUCCCCGAGAACCACCUUCAAAAGGUGGAUGCCAAGGCCAUGGCCUACUCCUUCGCAGUGAAUGCGAUCGGGCCUGUGCUAGUUUUGAAGCACUUCGCGCCGCUGCUGAAGUCGGGUGCGGCUGGAGAUGGUGACAGGCGAUCUUUGGCCAAGGCGAUCUUCUACAGCGCCCGGGUGGGCUCCAUUGGCGACAACGCCACAGGUGGCUGGUACUCCUACCGGAGCUCCAAGGCAGCUUUGAACCAGAUCCUCCGCAGCGCCUCGGUGGAGCUGCGCCGCUCCGCGGUGUGCUGCGUGGCGCUGCAUCCGGGCACCGUGGACACCGACCUCACGCGCGCCUUUGCGCGGGCCAGGGCCAAGUACAAGGUGCAAGACGUCAACGAAGCUGCUGAGAAGCAUUUGGCGCUGAUCGAUUCCUGGAGUAUGGCCGAUUCGGGGCAUUUCUUCGAUUGGCAAGGGAAGGAAGUGCCCUGGUAG